AUGCCUCUAUUCCCUUACAAACUAAACGAGCUGUUGACCGAGAUGCAAUCCAACGCUCGUCUCUCGCCCAUAAUCUCAUGGACGCACUCUGGUAACGCGUUCAAAAUCCACGAACCUCUGCUCUUUGAAGAGAUACUUCUACAAAAGUACUUCCCACGUCAAACGCAGAUAAACUCAUUCAAGCGUCAGCUACUCUACUACGGUUUUGAUAAUCUUGGCAAUGGUAUCUUCGCCCACCCCUGCUUCUUGAAGGACAAGCGCCACCUAUGUGGUCAGAUCAACCACACCAACCCGACCAAGAGUCAACGUGAAGGAAAGGCCUUGAUCCCAUCGAGACGGAUCUGUGGAAAGAGAGCGAAGCAUGCACUUACCCAACGACUGAAAGUAUCUCGGGCCUUUACUAAAGCUAAAAAUACCUCCACCAAGAAGAAACAAACCCCACAAAUGAUUGCAUGUGAUGUCUCCUCGUUCAAAACAUCCACAGCGGCUCCACCUCAGUCUCUCUUAGCUGUUCCUUUAAUUAGUCCAUUGGUCCAUUCUCGCGAGAUUCAGAACCAGUACUGGAGUCGCUGGAUGGAGACUCCUUGUGUGCCACUAAUUGCCCCCUUCAAGAUGCUUUUGCUGGAUCUGCCAAAAGAGGAUCAGAACCUUCCUCUGCUGUCUACAGGAGGAUCGAUGCUUCCGCCAAUGAAUCGGCUAUCCGGUGGACUCUCUCAAAUGGAUCGUCUCGCUGUAUCGCUUCCACAAAAGAAACUGGACUCUCUGGUGGAAGAACAGAGCCAGUGUUAG